AUGUCGGGGCCAUCCAGCAUGCCUGGCCCGCCGCCGGGACUCAAUUUGUAUGACGACCAAGGCGGCAAGGUAUUGGGUACCAUGAUCGCGCUCAUCGCUCUUGCCUCCACCUUCGUUAUCUUACGUCUGACCUCGAGGCAUCUGGCUCGUGCUGGCUUCUGGUGGGACGAUGUGCUGAUAAUAGUAGCAUUGCUUCUUGCCAUCGCCUCGUGCAUCUGUAGUAUUGUCGCUGUCAAACAUGUUGGUUUCGGCAAGCACAUCUACGUCUUUGGCAAAGCGGGUGCCAUGGAGGCUGCCACAGGCUAUUUUCACACACUCUAUUUCUUCGAGCUCUUCUUUACCUUGGCCACCGGUGCAACCAAGCUUACCAUACUGGCAUUUUAUCGACGCAUAUUUCCAAUUGCAGAGCUGAAGCUCAUCCUGAUCGUCAUGAUCACCGUCGUUGUUAUGUAUACCACGGUGGUCUCCACACUCAUCAUCUUCCAAUGCCAUCCGAUUCGGAAGUUCUGGGAAUCUGAGUUACCUGGCUAUUGCAUAAACCCCAUCAACAACUUGAUCGUAACAGGGUCCGUCAAUACCCUACUGGACUUUAUGAUCGUUUGCUUGCCCGUACCUCUGCUGUGGCGUCUGCGGACUUCAACACGGCAAAAAAGUAUCUUAACCGGUAUCUUCCUUACAGCAGGGUUUGUCUGCAUCGUCAGUAUUGUUCGAAUCAUCAGCUUCACAAGAGUUGACCCAGUUGACGUCACAUGGAACUUUGUCGGGGUCUCAAUCUGGUCUGCUGUGGAGCCCAUAGCCGGGAUUCUCGGGGCCUGCCUCCCAUCGCUCCGCCCCCUACUCACCCUUCUCCUCGACAACAACGCCUACCGCUCCUUCGCCGCCACCGCCUCUCAAACCUUCCAAAGCACCACCACCACCACCACCUCCUCCGUCCUCAAGAGCAACCAAUCCAACCGCAAGAACCGCGACUCGACCACCUUCGCCCGACUCAAAGAAGAACACGACGGCAACGCCCCCAAGACGCAAAGGCUGCCGUGGCGGGAUCCAAAGGGGCCCCGGGUAUACGACCACGAAAUCGACGGGCACAACAUCACCGUGUACGGGGGACGAGGACAACAGGGCGACGGCGACGGCGUUGAAAUGGAGCGGAUGAGCGACGUGGAACCGCCGCGGGGAGUCAUACGGGUCAAGACGGAGAUUUUCCUUUCGAGCAUUGGACAGCUAGCUGAUGCAACCAAAAUCCAUAAUCUCAGGUCUCCACGACUAAUCCGCCAGCAACAGCGAUUCGCCGUGACCCAGAGCUCGGAUGUCGAUUCGAAGCACUGUGACCGCCGCGCCUCAAAAGCCACCGAACGGCCUGGGAAGUCGAAUUCCAGACGCAAAGACACGUUCUUUCCUUCCAAAUCGCCGCGGAAACUUCUAAAGACAGUGACACAACGCCACUACACAACGACUGGCUGUCCUCCCCACUAUUUCUCCCGCACAGGCACAAUGCACGAACCAAAGCCGAUCGAGACGGAAGGCCCAACAGGGAAACCCAAACAGCCAAUUAGGAAACGAAGCCCUCAGACGCACAUUGCUCGAUCGGCCCGCCUCGCCUGCCACGAACCGAGAUGCUUCAACCCUUCCAGCCACAAGAAAUUCAACACAUGGAAAUGCCGUUGA